CAGGGUUUUAAACUAGUUUUGAAUAUUGUAAACUAGAAUUCUGUUUCAAGACUUCAGAUUAUUAUUGUUUUUGUUGAAACUUGUUUAUGUUGGAUCAUAAAUCGUCGAAAUCAAAAUGGCAAAUAAAAAAAAAAGUAACAAAUAUUGCUGCGUGUUUGGAUGUAAUUCCUACUAUUCUAUAAAUACAAAUUUGAGUUUUCAUCAAUUUCCAAAUUUGAAAGAGCCAAAAGUAUUAUGGAAAAACAAGAUUGGGAUUGAAGAAUUGAUCAAUCGUCGUAGAAUGUGGGCUAUUAUAUUGAAGCUGUCUAAGAAAGCUUUAAAAAAAAAACAGUUAAAAGUAUGCUCUAAACACUUCAAUGAAUGUGAUUUCUUCCCAAUGGGAUUAAAUAAAACUCGUAUCUGUCUCAAGCCGACAGCUAUUCCUUCUCAAAAUCUACCAAAAUUUUCAGUAUUACUUCCUUCACCGAAGAAAAGACCUCCACCAAAAAAUAAAACUCCAAAACAACUGUUAUUAUAUGGAAAAUUUUGAUGAAAAUUUAAAAUCCAAUGUGGCUGAUGAUUUGAUAGUUGCCAAAAAUAUUAUCCAGGAACUUAAAGUCAUGACUGAUACAGAAACGCAAGUAUCAAGCAGUGAUCUCCUAACAUCUU